AGAAGAUGUUUAAAAUGGAUUUCAAUUUUUCAUUUUUCCUGCCAUGUAUAUUGAUGAUCCUGACCAUUAGUGGCAAGACUUGUGCUGCCAAUAAUUUAACCACUCAGAAUAAUUUCUCAGAAACACAAGUAUCGCAGGAUAAUCGAUCAGGGAAAGGAGACGUAAACUGUGUACACACCUGCCUUGGAAACGAGACAUCUUUUCUUUGCAUGUGUGAUCUGCUUCCAACUGUUCACAUUCAUUGCUUGCCUAAUGGAAAAAUCAGCCUGUUGUGUGAAACAGGUGGCCAAUUCAAUGACAAUGUUCAUUGGACUCUGAAUGGAAAUCCUGUAAGUGAUGGCUGUAUCAAGGAUAAUGGCACUAGAAUUAUUUUGGAAAAAGGUAAACAUGGCAAGUACGUUUGCCAAAGAGGAAAUCACUGUAAGAGUUCUCCUGUUGAAAUGAAAUGUGAUAACGGGGAUCUGCUGCAAAAUCCACUCUUCCUGUAUGUCCUAACAGCCUGUGGAGGUGGUGCAGUUUUGCUAGCCGUCACAGCCUCACUGAUCACAUGUUGCUGCAUGAAAACCAAGCACAACUUUGUUCGGGUCCCUGUGGAAGACGAAAAGGAUGAGGGCAUAACCAUGUCUGCCAUUUCUAGUGAAAGACCAAAUCCUCCUCCUAAUGGAGACCAUUGUGAAAUUACAGAUGUUCUUGUUGAUAGUACUCCCAAUACUAGUGCACAAAUCUGUGAAACUUUCAAACCGGACCAUAAGGAGGAUCCAAAUCCUCCAGUGGGACCUGAGGUGAAAUCAGAAUGCAGAAAAGAGGAGAAAGUGGGGACAGAAACAGAGUUCCAAGAGGACACAAUUGACAAUGCAGCCCAGGAAGUUAUAGACGACUGUUUUCCUGAUCCUAUUGUUGCUUGAUCCAAUGUGCUCCUUUUCCCUUCUCCAAGUCUGGGGAACUGGGGCUUCUUCAUUCCAAGCUUUCUCAGAAUAGUAUAAUGUCCUUUAUAAAUUACUUACCUGCUAAUAGCAUAAGUCUACAAACCAUUUGAAAUUAGCCCCAAAUGUGGUUUUCUUCUGUGUUCCUAUUCCUAAGGGCAUUUAUAGAAAUGAUAUAGAUAUGAGAAAUCUAAAUAUCAGAUACCCUUCUCCCCAAAUUGGAAUAAUUUCUCUACCAAGUUAAUGUUUGGCCUUCAAGUCCCCAAGAUUCCUAGUUCAUCUUAAGUAGACAUACAAAUGAUGAAAUUCUUUUGAGGAAUUCUAGCUCUUCUUACAUUGAAAUCAGAAUCAAGAAUUCUGUAGAAAAUUCUAGAGCUGGUUUUAAGCUUCCUUGCUGAAAUGUUUAGCUGUUGCAGAUUUUUGUGAUUAAACAUGUCUAUUUUACUUCUGUGCUAAGUGUUUACAUGAACCAAAACUGGUUCUUGAACCACAAAAUCCAGGGGUUAGCAGCAGGCUCCUUAAGCUACACAGGAUGUUCUCAAACUGCCUAUGACAUUUUGGGUGUUCUGCAUCCUCUUUCAACAGCAGUCCAUACAUCGAUGUUUGGGCCUACAAUUUUCAAAAGCCAUCUGAAUUAUGAACAAAAACC